CGAAUAUGGAUAUGGAUUUAGGUCGAUCCAAUCCGAACCCGAUCCAUUGACAGAACUACGCUAAACCCUCGUCUUCUCUACCCAAAUUAAUCGCCCUUGAGAGCUUCGGACUUCCCCCUCGCCGCCGUCACCAUGGGUCGUAUGCACAGUCGAGGUAAGGGUAUCUCAGCUUCAGCUUUGCCCUACAAGAGGACUCCACCUAGCUGGUUGAAGAUCUCUUCCCAAGAUGUUGAUGACAAUAUAUGCAAGUUUGCAAAGAAGGGUCUUACACCAUCUCAAAUUGGUGUUAUCCUGCGUGAUUCUCAUGGGAUUGCUCAAGUGAAGAGUGUAACUGGAAGCAAGAUUUUGCGUAUACUCAAAGCACAUGGGCUUGCUCCUGAAAUUCCUGAGGACCUUUACCACCUCAUCAAGAAAGCAGUUGCAAUCAGGAAGCACUUGGAGAGGAACAGAAAGGACAAGGACUCCAAAUUUAGGUUGAUUCUCGUUGAGAGCAGGAUUCAUCGACUUGCUCGCUACUACAAGAAAACUAAGAAGCUUUCUCCUGUCUUUAGAUAUGAAUCAACCACCGCCAGUACACUUGUGGCAUAGGAAGGAUAAUUUAGUUUGGAGCUUAUGUUUUUCAUGUAGGACCUCAUAUUUUAAGCUUUUAGGAUUGUAAUCUUUUAGUAGUAAGACUUUGGUUUUAAGGAUGUUACCUAUAUAUAUGAGUUGUCGAAUUAUGUUCUGGCUACUUGUGUGUUUCUACUGUGAAGACACAUUUUGCUGAA